AUGAUGGAAAGAGAAUUCAAGGAUAAGCAUACAUAUGAAAUUUUUCUUAAUUAUCUUGGUGUUUCAUAUGCAAUGAUAAAUGAUUAUAAAAUCGCUUUUACACAUGUGAAACAAGCAUCACAAAUUCAUUACAAUAAUGUAUGUUCAAAUCGUAUUGAAGUAUGUGAUGUUUAUUCAAAUUUAGGUGAUAUUUGUAUGAAAUUUCUUGCUGAAAUUCAUCAGCAACAACAAAAAUAUCAAAGUGAAAAAUAA